GAUUUCUGAAUCUCAAGAGCAGAGAGCCGUCAAAUUCUUUAUUCAGCACGGUUUUCGGUCUUCAAUAAAUCCGGCUCCUAUGGAGCAAACAUUUGUUUGAGAUUAUGUAAAUAAUUAUUUUAAGAUUAUAAAUAAAUACAAUCACGAAAAUAUGAACAUUAUAGUAUGUAAAUAAUUUUCUGCUUUUAUUUUACUCGACACACAAUGUAAAAGCCGAACUUGCAAUAUUUUAAAAUUAACUAUGCACUUUUCUAUUGUGUACGUGGAAGGAACUUCUAAAGUUUUCAUUUAUAAGUGGUAAUAUAAGCUGGACAGCGAAUAACGUGAGUUGAAAAUUUUAAAUUCCGUAAAUGCAUUGCAUAAAUCACGAUCGGUGCUCUUUGUGUGCUCACCCUUUCCUGUUAUUGAUUUUCCCGGAUUGACCUAGAUAAGGUCCUGAACUAAUUUUAGGUACCCCACCUAAAAGCCUAGAUGCGCUCUGGGCGUCUCUCGAUAUUAAUAUUUCAAUUUAUUGUGGGUGUGACAGCCAUAAGAGGAGGAACUGCAUAGUUGUACAAAUGUCGAAGCCCAGAGUUAGUGGUGAUUUAUAUAUUGCUUUGAUUGUUUUUAUAAUAGUUUCGUGUUUCCAAAUUUAAAUAUUAAUAUUCGUUUGUUAUUGUGUGUGAAAUUAUCCAGAUAUAGUUGAUGUUUGUUCAUGGUGACUCCCAUAUAUCCCAUACCUUAUUCCAGUAUUUCUACCAAUAGUAGAACAGUUCUAUUUUUGGAUUCCUAAUAAUAAAUAAUCAAUUUUUAAAGGCAUAAAAUUAUAUUCUUUGCUGACUGCAAAGUCCUAUUUGUUGUGAAUUCCUUUGUAUGUACAGUUAUUUUGCAUGACAAGCAAAUGUGAAUUACAAGGGCAUCUUGAAGCGCACCCUCCCUAGAGGAUGGAAUAGGAUUAUGCCAUCCAGGAAACCUGAAACUCGCAUUGACUUUUGUGACAACUUCAUGGCAGAAACACCACCAAACAGGUACUUCCGAGGAAGGCCUGAAAGCCCCAUGUAUGUCGAACCUGUUGCUACAAGGAAUUUCUUUCGGAAAUGGAACCAGCUCUCUCGUCUGCAACGCUCUUUGGUUUUGGUUAUACUAAUACUGAUUGCAAUAUUUUGCUUCAUGUAUGGCCUAUCAAGUGCUAUCUCGCCACCGAAGGUGCUAGCAGCCAGAAGCAAAAUGAUGAAGAACUCCAGUUUGCUCUUAAAAAUGAAAAAGGCGGCCGUUUCCUCGGAAAAGGAUAAGAAGAAUAUCGUUUUGUAUGAGACGGACUUCAGCCAAAGGCCUAUUUUCACUGGACCAUCCAACGCUCAGCAGUACGCAGUGGUACAGAGUUUCAAGCAUGCCUGGAAAGGUUAUAAGGAACAUGCGUGGGGACAUGACAAUUUGAAACCCGUUUCUGGAUCUGCUUAUGAUUGGUUUGCCCUAGGAUUGACAAUUGUUGACAGCCUUGAUACAGCUUAUAUAAUGGGCUUGACUGAAGAAUUUGAAGAAGGACGCGAGUGGAUUAAGAACGAACUAGUUUUCACAAAGAAUAAGAACGUUAACUUCUUUGAAACGACAAUUCGUGUUUUAGGCGCUUUGCUCACUAAUUACCAUUUUACAGGCGAUAACAUGUUUCUUGAGAAAGCUAAAGACCUUGGUGAACGUCUAAUGACUGCUUUCGCAUCACCAUCAGGCAUACCAUAUUCCGAUGUAAACCUCGGAGCUCGUACAGCUCAUGUACCAGAAUGGUCCCACUACAGCACCACGGCUGAGAUCAGCACUGUUCAACUGGAGUUCCGAGAACUAUCCCGUGCAACCAAUAACCCAAUAUUUGAGGACGCAGCGGCGGCUGUUUCGGAGAAGCUGCACCAACUUCCCAAGAAACAUGGGCUGGUGCCGAUAUUCAUCAACCCAAAUACCGGACACUUUCUGCCGCAUGCUACCAUAACUCUGGGAGCUCGUGGCGACAGCUACUACGAGUAUCUGCUGAAGCAAUGGAUACAGACCGGAAAGACAAUUAAUUAUCUCCGCGAUGACUACUUAACCGCUAUCGAAGGGGUCCGUGAGUUCCUCGCCCGUCGCUCCGUGCCCAACAAGCACCUGUUCAUCGGCGAACUCACUGCUGGAUCGGAGGCUUACAAUAACCAGGCCUUCAACCCGAAAAUGGACCAUUUGACCUGCUUCCUGCCAGGCACAUUGGCCCUGGGCCAUGCUAACGGUUUGCCUGACUGGCACAUGACCAUGGCUGAAGAACUGAUUAACACCUGCUAUCUGACUUAUGCUGCGCACCCUACCUUCAUGGCACCGGAAAUUACUCACUUUAAUAUCGGCAGCGGCACAGAGGACAUGUUCACGAAGAUAGCUGAUGCUCACAGCUUGCUGCGUCCGGAAUUCGUCGAGAGCCUCUACAUCAUGUACCAGUUGACUGGCAACACCACCUACCAGGAUUGGGGCUGGCAAGUGUACAUGGGCAUCGAGAAGUACGCCCGCGUGGCCAAAGGAUACACCUCCGUGACUAACGUGAAGAGCGACAAACCUGCGCCUAAGGACAUGAUGGAGACGUUUUUCCUCUCCGAGACCCUGAAGUACUUGUACCUGUUGUUUAGCGAUGAUAGAUUCACCAUUGACCUGAACAAGUAUGUGAUCACCACCGAGGCUCAUCCUCUGCCAAUCCACAAAGUUUAAAUCAAAAAGCUAGAAGGACUAGUAUAAUCUAGAUGUAAUCGUAAAAAUUAGUUCAAUAUAUAAUCCCUGUAUGUUAAUCCACUUACUUCGAUUAAGUGUUAGUUGUAAUUAACACUCAUACUUUAAGUAUUAUUGGGACAAGGGUUACUUCGAGGUUGUGACAGAAUAAAUUUGGCUGCGGCCAGAGAAUUGUAGUUUAUAAUCAUCAUCAGCAGAUAUUGGAUUGGAUAUCAAGCAGAGAGCAAGAUAGCUUUGGUCUGGGUUUGCAAAGUUGGGGGAUAGUCUGUCCACGAAUUCGUCACAGAGACUAGGGGACAAAACCUACGCCCAUUUUUCAUGGCCCAAUAAUGCAAGUAAGAUAUGGGUGUUAAAUUAUUGGCAAUUAUAUACGCUUAUCAAUGUCGUAGGUAGUUUAUUUGUUGUUGUGUAAGUAGGCAAGGCUACCUGAAGUGGGAGUCGAGCAUUGUUUUCCAUUUGGGCCACGCUCGCACCGGGGAAGUUACCACACCCCCACUGGCUUAGCGUUAGUGAUAAUUUGUCACUAUAGCAGUGGGGGGGCCGGAGGCCUUUAUCCCAUUCCCCAUCCUAUCCUCUCUUCCAUAUCACAUUGCCUUGCCGCGUGACAUCCCCCUUUCCUACCCAAUCCUCCGUUCCCUACCACAUCCCACUUUCCCACCCUAUCCUCUGUUCCCUGCCACAUCCCCCUUUCCUACCCUAUCUUCCGUUCCCUGCCACAUCCCCCUUUCCUAUCGUAUCCUACGUUCCCUGCCACAUCCUCCUUUCCUACCCUAUCCUCUGUUUCCUGCCACAUCCACCUUCCGUAUGACGUUCCCCUUUUCCCCAUCGCAUCACCCCAUUCUAUAUCAAUCUUAAGAUAGGGGAUCUUAUUCUAUCAUCAUCAUUCCCCGUUUUCCCAUCCAAUCCUUUAAUGUAAGCUUACGAGUGCAAGUUAUGUCACUCAUUCGCUUUCUUGUUACAAAAAAAAAAAAAAUCUAAAAAAAAGAACCUGCUUUUGCCUUCUUCUCUUCAUGAAAAGAACUGGUUUAAAGCGCUGGUUAAAUAUGUUUGUGUAUUGUUUGCUGAUUGUCAAUUUCAUAAGUUGUUUUUAGUUAAUACUUACUUAUUUGGUUUUAGGAUGUUAUUGUUAUUUUUAAUAUUGUGUAAAAAGAUUUAUGUUUUCUUUAGCUGGUCUGUUAUGAUAAAGGAAUGAUUUGUUUAAUUUUGUAUAGUCGAUUUCUUCUAUUUAAAUUACUUUUUAGAUCUUUAUUUUUCAUUAUUUUAGGACACAAUAUGUUAUUCAUAUUAUAUAAUUUUUGAUAUUCGUAGCCAAAUAUAUACUUAAUUAAUAGAUUAGUCAAAUUAGAAAAUUUCCUUUUAUAAUUUUAGCAGCAAAUGAGUAUAUGUCCUUUAAUUUACUCGCUUAUUUUUUUAAGUUUUAGAUGCAAGUAUGAGCCAAUGCACGCAUCCCACUAAAUGAUUCUAGAAUCUUUUAGAAGAAAUUCGUUCGUCGAAUUCGCACUACAAAAUUAUUGUAUUCUCGAGAUAAUAACAUCUAAAGGUGUAGUUAGGUUGAUUCUUUUCGACCGUAAAUACCAAUCACACAUAUUGCCAGCAUCAAAAAAACAUCUUGAGACGCUUAUUUUUGUGUGUAUUAUUACGGAUGUUUAGUAUGUAAUUAAGUAAUAUAAUGUAUUAUGUAAUGACGUAUAUAUAGUGUCGUAUAACCAUCUACUUAGCGCUAAAAGUUCUACACGUUCACGAUUCUUUCACGCAAAAAUUAUCACUUAUGAAAUUGUGCGUUGAAAAAUCUGGACGGCGUUGGGUUAGGUUAGGAAAAGUUAGUUAUUGGCGGUGUUAGUACACCCCCGUGCCUCGGAGAGCACGUAAAACACGGUCCUGCGCUCGAUCUCCGGUCCAUCGGCUGAUCCGAUCGGAUGGAGUGACGGAAUAGAGAGUGCAUUUGUGUUCGGGCAUAAAUGCACUUUAGUUAAUAGGAUAUUUGCCGAUGCGUAUCUCACUAAUUCAGUAGUAUUGCAUAUAAUCGAUUAGUAGUAAUAAAUGCUUAUUAACUAUAAUUGCCAAUAAGUAUACCUACUAUAUAAAAGUAGAAUUAAUUGUAUCUUAUAAUACUAAUAUGAGUAUAAACUCGGAAGCCAAAUUAUGUCCAACAAUGAUUGACGAAACAAAACUCAAUAUCAUCGAAGAGUUAGAUCACGAUAAUGACCUCGGGUCACCGUGUCAAAUAUUUUUUAAAUCGAAGACCAUUCGCAUUGCUUAGAGACGGUUGAAUUUUGACAUCACUUCUUUGUGACCAAUAUAUAAAAAAAAAUAAUUUGGAUUUCCGUAUAUAAAAAUGAAUUUAUUAAAGUCCUUCCUUUUCUUUUUACUCAUAUCUAUGUAGCAAUUCGAUUAAAUUAACAUUUUUAAUGACAUUAGCUUACAUUUCAUAUGUCUUGUGCUGACUUGACUCGUUGAUCGAAUAUUUUUGUACAUAAAUACCUGUUGCGAUGCAUUUUACACGAUUGCUGUAGGAAAAUUAGGGGUAGGGUACACGCGCUGAAUUUAGAGUGAAUUUAGGGUUUUCUUUUUGUAUAUUUGGUGCUUUCUUUGUUCUUUGAUUUCGUAAAUCGCUGUUGAGAUCACAAAUUACUUUUUGACAUAUUCGAUAAACACAGUUGAGAGUAUUUUCCAUUUUAUACCUAGAUUAUCCGUAUAAUAUAAUUUACUCGAAAUUCAGCGUAUAUGGUAAGGAAUAAUAUAAAGAUUGUUGUUUCGGUGCUCACUUACGCGUAGACUAAAAUAAGACCAAGCAAUGAGUUCCUCCUAUUAAAUCCCGAACUCUUUAUGUACUUAUUAAAUUAAUAAGGGGAUACGAUCUCUAAAACUUAAAACCAUCCAGGUAUGAGCUUAGCUCCCAUAUGGUUAACUAAGAACUGUAGUUAGGUUUAAAUUUUAUUAGCUAAAGGGUCAGAUGUCAUCGUCGAGGCAUUCAGAAUUCAGUGCUCGCGUCUGAUUUGCAACCCUUUUCAUUUUAGCCAAAUUUAAUCUUAACUUUAUUUUUAAUUUUCAUUAAAUUAUAGUCAUAUCUCGUCAAUUUUAGUCACUUGACCAAUGACAAAAAUGCAUCGUAAAUCUUUAAUAGGAAAACGAUGUACAGGCUAAGACUAAAGAUAUUCAAUAUUUACUUAUAAGAAACAAUUAACAAUACAAUGUGGACGCUUUAAAUUAAGAUAUCUUACUUAUUAUCAACGGACGAGACAAAUAUUUACCCGGAUAUACUAAAGCACUAUUUGCCAAUUACCUACGGAUAUUACGGUUAGAUUGCUUACAUUCUACCUUGUGGGAUGAGUUUUAUAGACUUGGUAUAAUAGGUACAGUCUAAGUUGGAUUAUACAUAGGAGUAUUUUUUUAAAUUGUAUCAAGGUUGAAUGUAUGUAAUAUGACAUUAGAUGUAAAAGACAUUACAUAUCUAAAGUGAAGUCUUUAUACCCUUUUAAGACCUGAGAACUAUCUGGAAUACUUUAUCUUUAACUAGAAAUUAAGGUUAUUAUGACGUGACUUGAAAUAUGACGUUUUAGGUUUUUUGCGAUUCGCACAAAAUCUAUACGGCCUAUGUAAGGCACUACUGCAUUUAACUGUUGCGUCAAUAAUAUUUGAUAAAUUCUUACACAAUACGUAAUAUAUAAGUAGUUUUUGUGUCUAUUUUAUCUAAUAGUAUAAGUGACUCUGAUUAUUAUUGAUAUUUUACGAGUAUUCUAUGUAUUACGCGGUGUUGAUUGAAAUUAGAAUUUGGUAGGAGGUUAACCGAUCAAUAAAGAGGUUAUCUUUAUGUUGAUUGGUCGACGAUAACAGGGACUCGGUGAACAGUUAUAAGAAGGGACACUUAGAUUAAUUUUACAUAAAGCAUACAGCUGUGCGGAAACAAGCACAAAUCUGUGUGGAACUAUUCCGCAUACUUAUUUCUUAAUAAUAUAAUAGAUAUGUGUGUCCUAUAUCUGUAACGGAUCCGUCAUAAUCCUUACUUAUACACCUCAAUAUAGGGCGGAGAAAUUAAUAAGAUAAGUUUCAUUAAAGGAAGGCAUUCACUGUUAAUCAUUUGGUGCGACCACAAAGAAUAGAGUCAUAUUUUUAUGGCAGUACAUCAGGUUUUCACAUUCAUCAUGACAUGGAUUGACCGCGAAUGCCUGCCUACCGUAAAAAUAUUUUCAGAACCUAAUGUUACACUCAAUGUUAAAGAUAACUUAUAUAUGUUAGUAUGAUAAGGGAUAUUGCGAUUGAAGUUAAAAAACAAAAUUCUCGCAUACUCUACCCAUGAUGUUGAAACUGAGCAACUUGUGCCAACCAUUGCGAGUUAUACUGGAAUGAUCAUAUUCGAAUUUAAAUUGAAAUCGCUUUUGGUGUCCUAGUAGUUAUUUAUGAGUUUAACUUCAAUCCCAAAGUAAAAAGACAUGACUGUUGUAGCAAUUAAAUGGUUGUUUAGUGUUUCGUGAAACUAACUAUACUAUUUAUAGAUAUUAAUCGUUCAGGCCAGUAUAAUUUAUCGAUAUUUUAUAUUUUACGAUUCCUUGAUGUAAUACGGCCUGUAUUGUCAAUGUUAUUACUAUUAUAUAUUUUAAUCUUUAACCGCCAGCAGGAGUCCGAAAGUUUUAUUAUAAAAGAAAUUACAAAGAAAAUUUUUGAAAUUAAAAUUGAAUUAUGAACAGGUCAUAAUACAUAAUAUACACACCAAUGCGAACUUCAAAAGUAAUCACGAACUUAACAGAAUUUACUAAGAAUAUAUAUUUUGAUACUUUGGACUUCUGCAGCGUCAUACUUUAGGUGUCUAUACAAAAAAAAAA